GAUGCAGUGCAGCCUGCACGAAAAAUUUGUAAACAAACUCUGUCGGCUUCAGCACGUGUGUGCACAGUGCCAGUUUCGCGAACCGCUUUCAACGGCAUCACAUUCCGUCCGGUGGCCCUUAUUCCGUUUCAAACGCGAAAACCUACUGCUUCAGAAUCAGCCGGAAUGGUGUUCUUCACGUGCAAUCACUGUGGCGAGUCGCUCAAAAAGCAAGCCGUCGAAAAGCACGGCUGGAAGUGCAAGCGCGAAAUCAACGUCUCGUGCAUGGACUGCCAGAAGGAUUUCAUCGGCAAGGAGUACGAUGCCCACACCAGCUGCAUCACGGAAGCGGAAAAAUACUCCGGUAAGGAUUAUGUGCCGAAGGCAAACGCCAACAAGGGUGCCAAGAAGCAGGAAGCUUGGCUGGAUACGAUCCGAUCCAUUACGGACAGUAAGGGGAAUCUGUCGAAGGGAAUCAGUGAAGUGUUUAACGUGAUCCGCAAGAACGAUAACAUCCCACGGAAGCAGAAAGGGUUCCUGAACUUUUUCGCCAACUCAGCUAAGCAUAUUCGGAGGAAUGACGUGGAGGCUGCCUGGGCGUUGCUGGAGGAAGAGGUGAAGAAGAAUCAAACUAACGGAGCAGAGCAGACCCAAGCGAAUGGAGCCGUUCCGGAUGGAAUGUGGAUUCCUGGACAGAAGGGAUCAGAACCAAAGCAGAAGAAGAACGGAGUUGAGGAAAGUAAACAGAAUGGUUUCAAGAAGCGCAAACUGGAGGAGGAGCAGGAUGUACCUGCUGAAGAACCAGCAAAGAAGAAGAGUAAGAAAAAGGAGAAGCAGCUGGCGGCGCAAAAUGGAGGAGCCAAGCAGGAGCAGGAACAGCUCGUGGUGGCAGAACCGGAAGAGAAUGAGGCAAAUGGCGACUCGAUUGGGGACAAGUUUAAAUGGGGCGAUGUGAUCCGGACGACGCUGAUGUCCAAGAACAACGAGAUGAAGCUGGACAAGCUCAAGAAGAAGGUUCUGAAGAAGUACCGCCAGUUGAUGGGAGGUGAGGAAAUUAGUGAUAAGAUUGAGCGUAAAUUUAGUAAGAAACUUACUAAGCUGGGCGUGGAGGUGGAUAACGAUACGGUACGAUUGAUUGCGUAGUUAUUAAAAAGUAUCUGGAGGAAA